AUGGACUCAUACACGUAUGUUGGUGCAGAAGACUGUGCGCAAAGUACGAUGCUGACGGCUCGCAGUGCCACGCGUGAGGACUCCAGGCCGCCCGCGGAUUCGUACAGACGCCGUUCACCAGGCUCCGGAGACCGUAGGGCAGGCAGGCGCCGAUCGCGCUCGCCCCAGAACAUCGACCGAUACCAACCUGAUCGCGCGCGCGACUACGACGGCCCCCGCCGAGAUGGCAACAGACGACGCUCCUCGCCUCCGCCCGUGCAGGCAGGCAUCGAUCGGUACGUGCCUGGUCAGGACAACUUCGCGCCGACCUUCACCACAAACCCGGUCCCGAACCCCAUGCACCUCGAAUACCAGGUCGGGUUCAACUACUUUGCAGAGUGGUGGCGUGUGGAGCAGCUCAUGAAGGAGGAGAAGGAGCGCGCAAAGAAUGGCGGACGCAAACCAGGUCUCAAAGGCGAGCGCGAGGCUCGAGAGGAACGGGGCAAGGAGCGCGAACAGAUUCAGGCCGCGUAUGACGAGUACAAGGAGAAGCUACAAGUCCAGAUGGCGAAGACGUUUGUAGACAAGCAUAAGAACGAAGAGUGGUUCAAGGAGCGCUACGACCCAGACUAUGACUUGGCCUUCAAGGAGAAGCUCCGUCAAUAUCGCCAUGGCAUCUACGAGGAGUGGGAGAGACAAAUAGACGAGGGGUACUUCGAUGAAUUCACGCUCGAAGGCAUCUACAAGAACGAUUCGAACGGUGCUGGAGGAAUCGUGGAAAAGGAGGAAGGCGAGACAACGGCUGCCAACGAGGUGCUGGGCGUGGGCGAUCUGUUGCCUUGCAAAGGCGGCGAGAUCCGCGAUGAGACUGCGUUCCAGCCUACGCUACUCAUCAAGACUAUUGCGCCCACGGUCAACCGCGAAAAGGUCGAGGAGUUCUGCAAGGAGCACUUGGGAGAAGGCCCUGGCGGCUUCAAGUGGCUCAGCAUGAGCGACCCUAACCCACUAAAGAAGUGCCACCGCAUCGGUUGGGUCAUUCUCAAUCCAAACGAUGAGCAGCCAAUGGUCAUCGACGACCGUGGUGAUGGACGCGAUGAUGAUGCCGAAGAAGGGGCUGUUGAUGAUAAGCCUGAAGCUGCCCAAGGCCCACAGUCUACCGCUCACAAGGCUCUCGAAGCUCUCAACGGCAAGACCGUCAUCGAUGAAGAGCGUGGCAAUUUCACCUGCCACGUCGGCAUUCAUGAACCUCCUGCCGCUCCUCGCAAGAAGGCACUUUGGGACCUCUUCUCUGCGCCUGAGAGAAUCGAACGUGAUCUAGAGCUUGCUGAACGACUCGUGAGGAAGCUCGACUCCGACCUCAAGGCGCAACACGAAGAAGAGUUCUCAAACGUCGACGGUGUCAGUAAGAUCGAAGAACGUGUCGAGGCUCUGCGCUCGAAAGGCUGGCUUCAGCCCCCAGCCAAUGCCCCAGUGCCGACCAAGAAAGCGCGGGAUCCAGAAGACCUGGAGGAGGGUGAAGAUGAAACCAUGGAAGACGACGAGGGUGCUUUCGAUGAUGAAGUGGAUGAUGAAGAGUUGCUGGCCAAGAAGAAGAAGCUUGAUCUCCUCAUCGAGUAUCUCCGACGUGUCUACAACUUCUGCUUCUUCUGCGUCUUUGAGAGCGACUCGGUCCACGAGUUGAUUCGCAAGUGCGCGGGAGGACAUCUUCGCCGACCGCGCGCUAGUCUUACAACUGCGGCCAAGGCUACCGCGAGAGCUACGGCUACUGGAGACCUCUUUCCUUACAGGAAGCAAGAGUCUUCAGGUGACGCAGAGAAUGGCGAGGGCGGUAGUCCUGUGCAAGAGAAGAAGCCGAUGCGGUUGAGUACCAAGAACCAACAACAACUUCAACGAGCAUUCAACUGGGUGAAGACGUAUGAGGAAAAACUGCUACAGCUACUUGAGCCGGAGAAUGUUGAUAUCCGCAAGCUCGGCGGCAAGCCUCUCGACGAAGCUAUCGAGGAUGAACUCUCGCGUUAUGUCAAGCAGGAGGAUGAAUCCAAGUGGCGUUGCAAGGUUCCGGAAUGCACAAAGUUGUUCAAAGGCCAGCAUUUCUGGCGGAAGCAUACUGAAAAGCGUCAUCCUGAAUGGCUUGAGAAAUUACACAAGGACCUGCGACUGGUCAACAGCUAUGUUGUCGACCCUGCGCAUAUUGCUCCAUCCCGUAGUGAUGCCAACAGUAAUGGCCACUUCCCGAUGGGCAAUCAUGUCCAGGCCACUGGAACGCCGCGGGGGUUUAACUUGGCCAACAUGAACAUGGCAAUGGCAAACAACGGUAUGCAGAACGGCGUGCAUUUGGGCGCUCUGUUCAAUCCUGCUAUGGGCGGUAACUGGGACCCCAAUGCUGCCCACGAUGACCGUGCCGGACCUAUGCGACGAGGCGGCCACCGCUUCAACAACCGUACUGGACCUUACGAUCGUCAACCUCGUGACGGCCGUGCUCGUCCCGCUGUCAACGGCGGCCGAUUGACCCCUCCGCCUCGUGGUAGCCGUCAAGGCCCUCAGCGAUACGGUGAGGGUGGACCUGGACCUGUACAGUCUGUGCAAGGCCGAUCAAUCAAGAGCUACGAAGACUUGGAUGCAGUUGGUGGUGGUGGCAGUGGCGAGCUCAACUACUGA